AUGAGCUGCAACGGAUGUCGGGUUCUGCGCAAAGGGUGCGAAGACGAUUGCAUCCUCCGCCCAUGUUUAAGUUGGAUCACAUCGUCGGAAUCACAAGCCAAUGCCACCCUUUUUCUUGCAAAAUUCUAUGGACGCACUGGUCUUCUUAACCUAAUCAGCGCCGGCCCACGCCACCUCCGCCCCGAAAUAUUUAAGUCACUACUUCAUGAGGCUUGUGGUAGAAUUAUGAACCCAACAUAUGGUUCAGUGGGGUUGAUGUGGUCCGGGAACUGGGAGCAGUGUCAAGCAGCGGUUGACUCUGUGCUUCAAGGCUCUACAAUCAAGCAAUUCACAACCAAUAACAACCAUGAUACUGCUGCUGUUAUGCCUCUUGAGGGUUGUGAUAUACGACAUCUCUCUAAGGUCCCAGACGCUGAGUGCCACCGUGUGAAGAUCCGCAACAAGUUUAAAAGGCCCCCUGGUAGUUUUGGUUCUGGUUCUGGUUCGGCUUUCCAGCAAGUAACUUCCACCAACUGUCGUGCUGAACCCGCUAAGUGCAAAAACACGGGGAGGAAUUGGAAAGAGCCGAAGGGAACCCGGGCUAUUAGCCAUAAGUCAUUAUCUGUUGAGACUGUGGAGGUUGAUGAUAACGGAAGUGGGAAGGUUCUCUUGGACUUGACUCUCGGAUAA